CAACAUGAGUCUUAGAUCUUAGUGAGAAGUACUAAGAAGAUCUUUACACAGCACUCGUGACAAUGUUUACAUCACAAAAAGUCCUUUAACAGAGUUCUGAACAUUCAAACUUCUGCGCAAUGCGGAUUUUUGAGCCAAAAACCAAACAACCAAAACCCUCCUCACAGAGCUGUUUGAUCCUAUAACUUAAAACAGAAGCCCUGAAAUGAAUGAUCACACAGCCCUUAUCACCAACCUGUACCCUGUCCCUACCCCCUGAGCCCUAACCCUAACCCUUAGCACGGCUUGUACUCUAUCCCUACCCCCUGAGCCCUAAUCCUAAUCCUAUCACUACCCCCUACACCCUAAAACAAAUCAACCCUAUAACCUGCACUCCUUAACCUAAAACCCUUAAUUAUCAAACCCCAGGAAAUACAAAAAAAAUACCUAAAACAGACUUGAUGAAUUGAUUGAACCUGAAGAUAAACACAUAAAAUCAAAUCCUAUGCCAUAAAAUAAACAAUCAAACCCCAAGCACAAAAGAUUAAACCCAAGAGUCAAUACAUUAUGUUCAAAAGCGACAGCGAGAAGAAACCUCCAUCAUGUGAAAGGUGAGCCAAAAGCUUUCUACAUAUUGUCAUCUUCCUGUUAUUUACUAUGUGUCACCAUCUGUUGUUUGUGUGUGUUGUGUGUUGCUGUCUGCUGUGUGUCUGUUGGGGGUCUCCCAAUGUGAGGCCCUCUCCCUAGCUGUUUGGUUUUUAAGUUUCUGUGUUGUUUCCUCUCUUGUUUUGGGUUGUCUGUGGAAGGAGCUGAAUUAUGAGCUGCACUGCACCCUGCACCCAUCCCUGCCUCCGCCGCAGGACUGCUGAGCUGUCCUUCCAGGUGUCGCAAACCCGUCCGCAGAGGAGGAUUUACGAUGUUCCUGGUCAAAAGAUGAUGUAUUUCAGGAGCUCCGCGUUUCAUUGGUUUAAUUCUGCCCUCAUUACCAUAAAGAGAGGGUCCUGGAGGAAAGAGAAGCUCAUAUAUAUACAACUACUACUACUACUACUACUACUGCUGCUGCUGCUGUGUCCUCAACUCCCCUCUCUCCUCACAGCCUCCAAGGUCUCACUUCGCCAAGAUGACUGAGGUAAAGAAGAUGACGUCGAGCCGUAGGCACCAUCUCAAGAGUCUGAUCCUGCAGAUCGCUGCUGAUUGGAUUGAGGUGGAGACCAAGGAGGCGGUGGAGACAAAGGCCGCCUACAUGUCUGAGAACUGCCCCGCCCCCAGCCUUAGUGGCGACCAGGCUGCUCUCCUGGAAAUCUGCAAGAAGCUUCAACAGGCUGCGGACAGAAUUGAUGAAGAACGCUACGACACAGAGGCCAAAGUACAGAAGGCUGACAAGGAGAUCACAGAUCUGAAGCUGAAGAUGGUGGAGCUUGGAGGUGUGAAGAAGCCAGCCCUAAAGAAGGUCCGUAUGUCUGCUGACUCCAUGCUGGCGGCCCUGCUGGGAGGGAAACACAAGGUCACAAUGGACCUGAGGUCCAACCUCAAGCAGGUCAAGAAGGAGGUCAAGGAGGAGGCGGUGGAGGCUGGAGAUUGGCGUAAGAACAUUGAGGACAAGGCUGACAGGAAGAAGAUGUUUGAGACGUCCUAAAUACUUUUGCUUUUCCUCACUGAUGUUUUUGACUUUUCCAUGGAACUGGAAUAAUCAGUUUUUUCCCAUUAAAUCUUUUGAAUAAGGCUUUGAUGUCCUCUUGGAGUCUUCUUCAGGGUGUAGUUACGU